AUGCAACCUUACACCCAUAGUCUUCUACCUGGCCUCUACCCACAACCUUACACCCACGGUCAUCCGCCUGGCCUCUACCCGCAACCUUACACCCACGGUCAUCCGCCUGGCCUCUACCCGCAACCUUACACCCACGGUCAUCUGCCUGGCCUCUACCCGCAACCUUACACCCACGGUCAUCUGCCUGGCCUCUACCCGCAACCUUACACCCACGGUCAUCUGCCUGACCUCUACCCGCAACUUACACCACGGUCAAUCUGCCUGGCCUCUACCCGCAACCUUACACCCACGGUCAUCUGCCUGGCCUCUACCCGCAACCUUACACCCACGGUCAUCUGCCUGGCCUCUACCCGCAACCUUACACCCACGGUCAUCUGCCUGGCCUCUACCCGCAACCUUACACCCACGGUCAUCCACUUGGCCUCUACCUGCAACCUUACACCUGCGGUCAUCCGCCUGGCCUCUACCUACAACCUUACACCCACGGUCAUCCACCUGGCCUCUACCCGCACCCUUACACCCGCGGUCAUCCGCCUGGCCUCUACCCACAACCUUACACCCACAGUCAUCCACCUGGCCUCUACCCGCAACCUUACACCCACAGUCAUCCACUUGGCCUCUACCCGCAACCUUACACCCACAGUCAUCCGCCUGGCCUCUACCCGCAACCUUACACCCACAGUCAUUCCACCUUGGCCCUCUCCAGCAACCUUCCACCCACAGUCAUCCGCCUGGCUCUACCGCAACUUUACACCCACAGUCAUCCACUUUGUACCCCUUUACCCACAAACCUACACACCAGUCAUCCGCCUGGACUCUACUUGGCAACCUUACACCCACAGCCAUCCACUAGGCCUCUACCCGCAACCUUACACCCACAGUCAUCCACCUGGCCUCUACCCGCAACCUUACACCCACAGUCAUCCACUUGGCCUCUACCCGCAAUGUUACACCCACAGUCAUCCACCUGGCCUCUACCCACAGCGUUACACCCUAGUCAUCCACCCUGGCCUCUACCCACAGCCUUACACCCACAGUCAUCCACCUUGGCCUCUACCCACAACCCCUUACCCCCACCCAAAGUCCAUCCACUUUGGCCUCUACCCCGCAAACCUUACACCCACAUCCAUCCACCUGGCCUCUACCCGCAACCUUACCCAACCCACCAGUCCCAAUUCCACUUGGGCCUCUAACCAAGCCAACCCCUGGAAAACCAACCCACAGUCAUCCACUUGGCCUCUAACCUGCAACCUUUCAGCCUUCAGUUCCAUCCACCUUGGCCUUAUUACCUGCCAACCUUAA